UACAGCAUCAACACCAUCAACAAUAUACAUGAUAUUUGAUAUCAAAUAUCAAUUGAUAUCUAUUAUGUUUAUAUUUAUUCUCAGAAAUUAUUUAUUUAUAAAAUGAUUGACAAUAAGAAACAUGAUGGUGACUUGAAUUCAUUGAUAAACAUACAUUUUUUUCCAUUAACCUCACAGGGAAAUAUUUAUUCAAUGUCAAAAUUAUCAUCAUCAAAUGGAACAAAUAAAAUACUUGUUGCAUCAUUAAAACGUAAAAUAUAUUCAUGUGAAGCAGAUCGUGAAAAUAAUGUUUUACGACCAAUUGUCAAAGAAUUACUUUUCACAUAUAUACCAAAUGGUGCAGAAAUAAUAUCAAUUGAUGGAUAUAAUAAAAAAAAUUUUGAAGAAGAAUAUGCUAUUGGAAUAACAAUAAUAAAACGUAGUGGUGAUGGUACCAUGGAGAGAUAUUUAAAUAUAUAUUCAGAAACAUCUGGUGAUGGUGAUAGUGGUAUAUCAUCAAUCGAAACAAUUGCACAAAAUUGUUUAACAGUUGAACUAUCAUAUACACCAUAUUUAUUAUAUCAUACAUUUAUUUAUGAUAAAGAUAUUGAUGAAGAAAUUGUCUGGCUAAUAUCUGGUAAUGAUUUGCAAAUUCAUAUGAUACGUGAAGACAAAUUGAGUCAUGGAUAUGUCGAAUCAAAAAUUGAUAAAUAUUUUCCUGAAUUUAUUAAUUUAAAUGCUCUUGCAUUGUGGAUUGAUAUUUAUUAUUAUAAUGAUAAUAAAAGAAGAAUAACUGCUAUUGGCUGUCAAUGUGGUCUAGUUAAAAUAACAAUUGUCGAAAUAGAAACACUAAAAAUAAUUGAUGAAUGGAAAUUAAGAUAUGCAAGUCCAAUAUCAAAUGUUAGAAUAUUUCCACGCUUUAAUAAUAAAACAAUUGAUGAUAAACAAGUGUUGGAUAUAUUAAUUGUUAAUUUAUUAAAUAGAACAAUUGUUUUUUCGGAUGUACUUAGAAAUGGAUUGAAAAAUGAUUUUACCCUAGUUACGGAAAAUGCUGAUUGUAUAUUGACGUCAAUUGUUGCUGAUAUUAAUAUGGAUGGUGUUAAUGAAAUUUUAUUGGGUACUUAUACACAUGAAAUAUAUGUUUUUAAAAUUAAUUGUGAUGAAAAAUGGAUAUUAAGUGAUAAAAGAAAAUUUGAUUCACCAGUUUAUUCAAUGUCUUAUUUAGAUAUAACAAAUGAUGGUAUGAAAGAAUUAAUUGUAUUGACACAACGUGGUGUUUAUAUAUUACAGCAUGAUUUAUCAAAAAUUCAAAAAAUAUUAGAUAAACGUUUAGCUAAAUUAUCAAAGCAUUAUGAUAAUUGUAAAACCAAAAUAAUCGACUAAAUUAAAAUAGAAAAAAAUCAAAAUUUAUAUAAUAUAUUUAGAUUGUUAAAUGAUAUUAUUUUUUGAAAAAAAUUUAAUAGCUGUAUUUAUAUUUUUAUAAUAAUCAAGUACAAAUUUACACAAAUUUUUUUAUUUUUUUUUUUUUUUCUAUAAAAGAGAAAACACCAAUUAUUAUCAGGCUUUUUUUUUUAAGUCACUAUUUUUUGCUUUUUGGUUUAACUUGUUGAUGACAAAGAAAAAAAUAAAAAUAAAUGAUGAGUUUUUUAGAUAAAUAAUUCUAAUUGUUAAUAAUCAAGUGAAUGAAAAAAAAAAAGAAAAAAAAAAAAUUAUAUUAUACAAUUUAUACAACUCUUCGUACUUCGAAAAAUCUUUUGAGGUAAUAAACUUGACCAAGUGUUAUACAAAUAAGUACUGCUGA